AUGCUUCAAGAGUUCAAACUGCGAAGAGAAACACAACGAACACGCGUAACGGAAAAAUACGACGUUUUGGGAUUCAUUAGCUCGGGAACAUAUGGUCGUGUAUAUAAAGCAAAAGCAAAAACAAAAUUAGUCGUUGAAGAAGAAGAAAAGGAGCGAUUGUAUGCCAUCAAAAAAUUCAAGCCUGAUAAAGAGGGUGAACCGCAUUCUUAUACAGGCAUCUCUCAAUCGGCGUGUCGUGAAAUAUCUUUAUGUCGAGAGUUAAGCCACGAGAAUAUUAUCGGAUUGAUUGAGGUAUUGCUCGAAGAUAAAUCAAUACAUAUGGUGUUUGAUUACGCUGAACACGAUUUUCUUCAAAUAAUUCAUCAUCAUAGUCAACAUGAAAGGAAGCCAAUUCCAGAAUUCACCAUCAAAUCGUUUCUAUGGCAAUUACUGAACGGAGUCGCGUAUUUGCAUGCUAACUGGGUGUUACAUAGAGAUUUGAAACCGGCGAAUAUUUUGGUUACUGCUGAUGGUGUUGUGAAAAUUGGGGAUUUGGGUUUAGCUAGAUUAUAUCAUCGUCCUCUGCAACCAUUAUUUAAUGGUGAUAAAGUGGUUGUCACUAUUUGGUAUCGAUCCCCAGAACUCUUAUUAGGAUCAAGACAUUAUACAAAUGCUAUAGAACUGUUAACCUUAAAACCAAUAUUCAAGGGUGAGGAAGCGAAAAUGGACAGUAAAAAGAACGUGCCGUUUCAAAAGAACCAGUUGACUCGGAUAUUUGAAGUUUUGGGAACACCAACAAAAGAAAGAUGGCCAACUAUCGAUCAACAACCCGAAUAUCCAAACUUGUAUGGUUUUAAAUCAUACCCAAACAGUCUUCGUGAUUAUCAUCAGAGAUUCUGCUCCGCGAAAUCAGACGCCUCCUUCGACUUAUUAUCCGAGAUGCUCGAGUACGAUCCUUUGAAACGUAUUACUGCCGAAAAUGCACUUUCGCAUCCAUAUUUCGAAGAAGAACCGUGUCCGUCGAUGAAUUCAUUUGAGGGGCAAUUAUUCGAAUAUCCACUCAGGUCUGUGAAACACGAAGACAACGAUAUGAAAGCUCCAAUGGUAGCCGUAUCAGCCAACGCAUCACAAGGCGUCACCGCAGCAUUGAAACACGCCCAUUCGAAUGCUAGCAACAGAAAGGACGAAAUUAGAACAAGUAAGAAAAGUAGGAUGGAAUGA